AUGAAUUAUAGGAUUAUGACAAGUGAUGGAUAUGGUUUUACCCAAACUUUGGCAAAAGGCCAAGGAGCAAUGCAUCAGGCAUUUGGACGGUGACACUGACACCAUGCAAUUGAGCAUAUGGUACCCUUCACAAUCCUUGUCAGAUUUUGCAGGGCUUUUUUUACUCGAAGAUAAGAUAUCUGAAGACUGGACCUAGGAAAUAUUGAAUGCAUUAUUGAUUUUUCUUGCCUUUUUUUGCCUAUAAAAGAGAGGUAUGAUCUCAAUGUGGUAAUCACUGCAAUCUCCAUUUCGCUAUCAAUUAUUAUCUCUUAGUUGAAGCUUUGGAAUUCUCUUAAUUUCCCCAAAAAACAUGGAGGCUCAAUCUGCUGUUACAGGCAACGAAAAAAUGUUGGCAAACUAUGUGCCAAUCUAUGUAAUGCUUCCGUUGGGAAUUGUUUCAAAUGACAAUGUUCUUUUAGACAAGGAAGGGCUGAAAGAGCAGCUCUUGAAGCUUAAAACGGCAGGAGUUGAUGGAGUGAUGUCAGAUGUUUGGUGGGGAAUUGUAGAAUCCAAGGGUCCCAAGCAGUAUGAUUGGAGUGCUUACAGGAGCUUGGCUGAACUGAUUCAAGAAUGUGGAUUGAAACUACAAGCCAUAAUGUCAUUCCAUCAAUGUGGCGGCAAUGUGGGAGAUGAAGUCUAUAUCCCAAUCCCACAGUGGGUUCUUGACAUUGGAGAAUCUAACCCUGAUAUCUUCUAUACCAAUAGAGCUGGUAACCGAAACAAGGAGUACCUCACCCUUGGAGUUGAUCUCCAGCCCAUUUUCAAUGGCAGAACUGCUAUCCGGAUUUAUAGCGACUACAUGAAGAGCUUCAGGGAGGCAAUGUCAGAUCUUAUUGAAGCAGGAGUCAUUAUUGAUAUUGAAGUAGGACUUGGUGCUGCAGGGGAGCUUAGAUACCCUUCUUAUCCACAAAGCCAGGGAUGGGUUUUCCCUGGCAUUGGAGAAUUUCAGUGCUAUGACAAAUACCUCAAAGCAGCUUUCCAAGAGGCGGCUAAAAGAGCAGGUCAUCCUGAAUGGUCAUUGCCAGACAAUGCAGGGGAAUACAAUGACACACCUGAAUCAACUGAGUUUUUUGGACCAAAUGGGACAUACCUCACUGAGAAAGGGAAGUUUUUCCUCACAUGGUAUUCCAACAUGUUACUCAACCAUGGAGAUGAUAUCCUUGAUGAGGCUAACAAAGCUUUCUUAGGCUGCAAGAUCAAGUUAGCUGCAAAAGUAUCUGGCAUUCACUGGUGGUACAAAUCUGAGAGCCAUGCUGCAGAGCUGACUGCUGGAUAUUACAAUCUGAAUAAUAGAGAUGGGUAUCGUCCCAUUGCGCGGAUGCUCUCAAGGCAUGAUCGUGCUAUUCUGAAUUUCACAUGUCUCGAGAUGAGGGACUCUGAGCAAGAUGCAGCUGCCAAAAGUGGGCCUGAGGAACUUGUUCAACAGGUUUUAAGUGGAGGAUGGAGAGAGCUGAUCGAUGUUGCAGGUGAGAAUGCGUUAUCAAGGUACGAUAGCACUGCUUACAAUCAAAUCCUAUUAAAUGCAAGGCCCAAUGGUGUGACUGAAGAGGGAAAACCAAAGAUGCGUGGGGUGACAUACCUUCGUUCAUCUGAUGUUUUGUUUGAAGACGAUAAUUUCGAGCUAUUCAAGAAAUUUGUGAAGAAAAUGCAUGUUGAUCAAGAGUAUUGUUCCGACCCCAAAAAGUAUGGUCAAGAAUUACGCCCAUUGCAACGUUCGAAGCCAAAAAUUCCAGUUGAUGAACUUCUUGAUGCAACCAAGCCACUGGAGCCCUUCCCUUGGGAUGAAGAAACAGACAUGAAAGUUGAUGGCUGAUAGAAGAUCAUCAAGCUUGUUCUCCAGACUUUGUUCAAGUGCUGAGAUUAACAAUAAAUUUCAGAAUAAAGCUCAGACUUUCAAAUGGAUUGGAAUAAUAAAUUUAAGAUAAAGCUUUGCAUUAAAUAAAAAUAAUAAUCAGCUUAUUAUCUAUAUAUAGAGGCUGUAAUCCUGAAAAU